AUGACUGUUCAGUACAGUCAAUUUGUCCUAACCGGUGGCUACGGAGUGUUUUUUAGGCUUUUAUUGAAAUGGAGAGGGGGUGUCAUAAAGCUUAUUUCUUUGGAUCUUAUUGUUUUUGCUAUCCUGUAUAUAGCGAUCAGUUGUAUGUAUCGUUAUGCUUUUUCUGAAAGCACUCAAAGAGGUUUUGAACGCUUGAUUCUAUUCACAAGCAGAUCACAAGCUAUGAUUCCAGUGGCAUUCAUUCUUGGUUUCUAUGUGUCUUUAGUUUUCAAACGUUUUUGGAAUUAUUUCACCACUAUACCAUGGGUAGUGAGAUUCGCUGUAACUUUGGUCGCGCAUUUACCGGGUACUGCUGAUCGUCCACGCCUUAUACGUCGUACGUGCAUGCGUUAUGUUCUAGCCACUCUUAUCAUUGCUUGUGUACGUCUCAAUGUUGUCAUCAAGAAAAGAUUUCCAACUUUCGAAUUUUUCGUUGUAUCAGGUAUUCUUACCGAAGAAGAAGUUCGAAUCAUUAACAGUGUACAACCAGCUCAUGUUCAACCGUUUGUUCCGAUUGUAUGGGCUACAUCAUUGAUGGCAUUAGCACAAAAAGAAGGCAUCUUUAAAAAUCAACAUUCACAUAUACUUUUAAUUAACGAAAUGAAUACUUUCCGUGGGAGCAUAUUAAAAAUGAUGUUGAUGGAUGCUAUAUGUAUUCCACUUGUUUAUACUCAGGUUGUAACAUUAGCAGUGUACUCUUAUGUGAUCGCUUCCCUUAUCAGUAGUCAAUUUAUCAUCAGCAGUUCACCUCUUGCUGGAAUGGCAAAAUCAAAGGAUUUAUAUUUUCCAUUGUUCACACUAUUAGAACUUAUUGUCUAUGUUGGCUGGUUAAAAGUUGCUGAAACAUUAGUCAAUCCGAUGGGUGAAGAUGAUGAAGAUAUUGAUAUGAAUGAAAUCAUUGACUUCAACUGGAAGAUAGCAUGGUGUAUAGUCGAUGGGAUGAGAACAAGUGCACCGGCGAUUGUACGAGAUGUCCACUGGAGCCAAUCUGUUGUUGCAUUACCACAUACAGAAAGAUCUAGACGGUUAACUGUUGGCUCAAUGAAAGGAUCUACGCACGAUUUGAGUUUUCCUGUCAACCCAGAAUUACGUAGUCUAUUGGCAGCGAUAACUGCUCGUCAUUCACAAGUGGGAAGUACAGAGUCAUGUAAUGCUAGUGAAAGUGAACUUCCGCAUAGUCAGGAAUCACAGGAUCGUCGAAUAUCACACACAUUCACUUCAACAACUAAUGUUGUCCAUGAACCUAUCAAAGAAGAAGAUGAAGAAUGCGAAGAGGAACUGUCGAGUAAGGAAGCAAAACCAAAUGAUGCUGAAAAUACAGAUACAAAUGUUGACGAACAACAUGAGAAUCAUUAUUCCAAGCUUUAG